AUGACACAAUUAUUUCCAGCCAACUCGGACAUCCUGGAGUACAUCAUCAUCGUGGAGGUGAACAUUUCACAAGCCGUCAUGAUAGAACUCAUCAAAUCAUCCCUGGAGUCGAUCAGCUUUCCUGUACAGCUCGACAACUUCACAGAGAUCAGUGCCAUGAAUGUCACAACAGUCUGUUCUUUAAAUAGUUCUGCAUACCAGUGCCAGUGUGAGGAUCAAUAUUUCUGGCCAUGUGACAAGUGCAGAAAUUAUGGAUCUUGUGGCGACUUCACCAAUAACUCGUGUGGUUGCAUCAAUGCUCUUCCAGAUGAUGGACAGUUCUGCCAACCAGUGACUGAGCUCACUCUCUGUUCUUUAAAUAGUUCUGCAUACCAGUGCCAGUGUGAGGAUCAAUAUUUCUGGCCAUGUGACAAGUGCAGAAAUUAUGGAUCUUGUGGCGGCGUCACCAAUAACUCGUGUGGUUGCAUCAGCGCUCUUCCAGAUGAUGGACAGUUCUGCCAACCAAUCACUGAGCUCACUCUCUGUUCUUUAAAUAGUUCUGCAUACCAGUGCCAGUGUGAGGAUCAAUAUUUCUGGCCAUGUGACAAGUGCAGAAAUUAUGGAUCUUGUGGCGACGUCACCAAUAACUCGUGUGGUUGCAUCAAGGCUCUUCCAGAUGAUGGACAGUUCUGCCAACCAAUCACUGAGCUCACUCCAUGUCCAACAACAGCCCCAACCACAGCGCCCCCGACUCCAUCUGAAUAUCAGGUUGAGGUUGAGAUGGAUACAGUGGAUAUAACAGUUCUUAAUCAGCUGAAACAGAUUCUGAAUCAGCUCUCCUUACCCUACAAUAUACAUAACGUCACCAUUACUGAUAUAAACAUCACUACAGUCUGUUCUUUAAAUAGUUCUGCAUACCAGUGCCAGUGUGAGGAUCAGUAUUUCUGGCCAUGUGACAAGUGCAGAACUUAUGGAUCUUGUGACGGCAGCACCAAUAACUCGUGUGGUUGCAUCAACGCUCUUCCAGAUGACGGACAGUUCUGCCAACCAAUCACUGAGCUCACUCGUUUUUCAGCAUGUCCAACAACAGCCCCAACCACAGCGCCCCCGACUCCAUCUGAAUAUCAGGUUGAGGUUGAGAUGGAUACAGUGGAUAUAACAGUUCUUAAUCAGAUGAAACAGCUUCUAAAUCAGCUCUACUUACCCUACACUAUAAAUGACGUCACCAUUACUGAUAUAAACAUCACUACAGUCUGUUCUUUAAAUAGUUCUGCAUACCAGUGCCAGUGUGAGGAUCAAUAUUUCUGGCCAUGUGACAAGUGCAGAAAUUAUGGAUCCUGUGACGGCGUCACCAAUAACUCGUGUGGUUGCAUCAGCGCUCUUCCAGAUGAUGGACAGUUCUGCCAACCAAUCACUGAGCUCACUCGUUUUUCAGCAUGUCCAACAACAGCGCCCCCGACUCCAUCUGAAUAUCAGGUUGAGGUUGAGAUGGAUACAGUGGAUAUAACAGUUCUUAAUCAGCUGAAACAGCUUCUGAAUCAGCUCUCCUUACCCUACAAUAUAAAUAACGUCACCAUUACUGAUAUAAACAUCACUACAGUCUGUUCUUUAAAUAGUUCUGCAUACCAGUGCCAGUGUGAGGAUCAGUAUUUCUGGCCAUGUGACAAGUGCAGAACUUAUGGAUCUUGUGACGGCAGCACCAAUAACUCGUGUGGUUGCAUCAACGCUCUUCCAGAUGACGGACAGUUCUGCCAACCAAUCACUGAGCUCACUCGUUUUUCAGCAUGUCCAACAACAGCCCCAACCACAGCCCCCCCGACUCCAUCUGAAUAUCAGGUUGAGGUUGAGAUGGAUACAGUGGAUAUAACAGUUCUUAAUCAGCUGAAACAGCUUCUGAAUCAGCUCUCCUUACCCUACACUAUAAAUAACGUCACCAUUACUGAUAUAAACAUCACUACAGUCUGUUCUUUAAAUAGUUCUGCAUACCAGUGCCAGUGUGAGGAUCAAUAUUUCUGGCCAUGUGACAAGUGCAGAAAUUAUGGAUCUUGUGGCGGCGUCACCAAUAACUCGUGUGGUUGCAUCAACGCUCUUCCAGAUGAUGGACAGUUCUGCCAACCAGUGACUGAGCUCACUCUCUGUUCUUUAAAUAGUUCUGCAUACCAGUGCCAGUGUGAGGAUCAAUAUUUCUGGCCAUGUGACAAGUGCAGAAAUUAUGGAUCUUGUGACGGCAGCACCAAUAACUCGUGUGGUUGCAUCAGCGCUCUUCCAGAUGACGGACAGUUCUGCCAACCAGUGACUGAGCUCACUCUCUGUUCUUUAAAUAGUUCUGCAUACCAGUGCCAGUGUGAGGAUCAAUAUUUCUGGCCAUGUGACAAGUGCAGAAAUUAUGGAUCUUGUGGCGACUUUACCAAUAACUCGUGUGGUUGCAUCAAGGCUCUUCCAGAUGACGGACAGUUUUGCCAACCAAUCAGUGAGCUGAAUGUCACCAAUACCACGCCUGCACCAACAGUCACCAACACCACACCUGCACCAACAGUCACCAACACCACGCCUGCACCAACAGUUACCAGCACCACGCCUGCACCAACAGUCACCAACACCACGCCUGCACCAACAGUCCACAACACCACGCCUGCACCAACAGUCAACAAAACCACGCCUGCACCAACAGUCCACAACACCACGCCUGCACCAACAGUCAAUAAAACCACGCUUGCACCAACAGUCAACAAAACCACGCCUGCACCAACAGUCAACAACACCACGCCUGCACCAACAGUCAACAAAACCACGCCUGCACCAACAGUCAACAACACCACGCCUGCACCAACAGUCAACAACACCACGCCUGCACCAACAGUCAACAAAACCACGCCGGCACCAACAGUCAACAAAACCACGCCUGCACCAACAGUCAACAAAACCACGCCUGCACCAACAGUCAACAAAACCACGCCGGCACCAACAGUCAACAAAACCACGCCGGCACCAACAGUCAACAAAACCACGCCUGCACCAACAGUCAACAAAACCACGCCUGCACCAACAGUCACCAAACCAGUAACCAAAGACAUACAAAUGUCGAUGAAACUCAGUGAGACUUUUGAUUUCCAACUUACUAACAAAACCAGUGAGAAGCACAGAAUAUAUACAGACAAGAUAAAGAGACUGAUUGAAGGAAGUUACAGUAAGGUACUUGGCUACCAGAAUGGAUCUGCAAACGUUGUUGGUUUCAGGCCUGGUAGUGUGAUUGUAGACUACAGUAUUAAUGCUACAACUGAUAAACUUGAUUUAGCCUCAGCAAACAAGGAACUCGUUGGCAAUCUCAGUGAUGCAGGAUUUAAUGUUUCCAGUGAUUCAUUUGCUCGAAAUGGUGAAUAUACGUGCAGGACCACGCUGGACCCGCUGCCCUCUGUUGCUUCACAGACCAUCGCAAUUCCAGAUCCGAAUCUCCAAGUGAGUGAAAACAAGGUUCUCCGCUGUAAUGAAACAGAAGUCUCGCUGCAGUGCUGCGUUCAGGCGGGAUACGAGGUGAAAUGGAGCACGCCGCUGUGCAAGCUAACAGCCUCCAGUGGCUGCGUGACAUGUACCUAUCAACUCAAUACAAGCAACUGUCAGGCUGGUGAUAUAACAGAACAGGUCACGUGCAGCCUGAUCAAAGGAGGUUACAACAUGACCAUCACCAUUAACGCCACCAACAACAAUUUCCCCUGUUAUGAUACAACUUUUGGAGGGGGAAACCUUGAUGAUAUACGAAACGGUGACUGUGCUGAAGGUCUAGCUGGGAAUUUAACAGCAAAGUGUAACUCAUCAAAAAAGUGGGUUAUUAUCAAGGACAACUGCGUCCCGCGUAAGAUCAACGUUCUGAGCACUCAGAAUUUAGUGCCCAAUGAUAUUCCAACAUUUGUGUCCAGUCUGAGCAUUAUUACCUCAGAAAACGCUUCCUUUGUGGUCAAUUCUUCUGCCACUAUAUUAACCAUCCUCGAUCUGCUGAAAAAAAUCGCCAGUGUCUCACAAUCAAUUUAUGUCGACAAAACCAUCAUGACGGAUUUCCUGAACACACUGGACAUCAUCGGAUCUAAAGAAGCACAACACACAUGGGAGACUAUAAACAAUGACACUGCGACCGUGGGCCGGAGUUCUGAACUUCUGAAGGCCGUGGAAGAUAUGGGACACAGACUCUCCAACGAUAGUUUCAGCUUUAUGACAAAUAACUCCAUCCAGCUGAGUAGAAUCAACACUUCUAGCCCCCUUUUGGACAAAUUUGGGAAAAAUAAAACUAUACAGAUAAACAUCCCACAGAUAAAUACACCGACUUUCAUCACCGUUAUAGUUUUAUCAGCUCUCGACGGUGUUUUACCUGUUCGUACUCAAAAUACCCAAAAUGACACCAAUGGCACCAGGAUCAAUGCGGACGUUGUUGUCGUCCAGCCAAAUAUUACCAGCAUCUCCCUUACAUACACCGUCAAAGAUGAGAAACUGGGAAACCCUAAGUGCGUCUUCUGGAACUUUACUCUUCGGAAUGGCGCUGGAGGCUGGGACACGACUGGAUGUUCACUACAACGUCUGUUGAAUCAAACUAAAAAUUUUACAUGCGAGUGUAACCACACCACCUCGUUUUCAAUGCUGAUGUCGACGGACGUCAACUUCACUCCAGUUCAACAAGAAGCCUUGGACUAUAUCACUUACAUCGGCGUCGGCAUUUCAAUGGCCUGCUUGGUUCUGUGCCUCCUGAUUGAAAUCAUUGUCUGGAAGUCGGUGACAAAGCAGGAAACGUCCUACAUGCGCCACGUCUCCAUCGUCAACAUCGCCGUGUCACUGCUGAUCGCAGAUAUAUGCUUCAUCAUCGGAGCAGCUUUUGUUUUACAUAACAAUAGCAAUCUUUGCACCGCUACAACCUUCUUCAUGCACUUCUUCUAUCUCGCUCUGUUCUUCUGGAUGUUGCUGUCGGCGCUCCUGCUCUUGUACCGCACCAUUGUGGUGUUCAACCUAAUUUCCAGAGCCAAGAUGAUGGCUAUAGCGUUCAGUGUUGGGUACGGGGCACCGUUACUCAUCGCCGUCGUUACUGUGGCAUCUACAGCUGGAAGGAAAGGAUACACUCAAGGUACUAACUGCUGGCUCAACUGGACUCCAACCAAAGCUCUGCUGGCGUUUGUGAUUCCUGCUCUGACUAUCGUAGCUAUAAACCUCCUGGUGAUGGUCGUGGUUCUGUAUAAGAGUCUUAGAAGAGGAUUAAAUGCCAGCGUUCAGAGAGAUGAGAAACACUCCCUGCUGGUCAUCGCUAAAUGUGUAGGAAUCUUAACACCUCUCUUUGGUCUAACGUGGGGAUUUGGCAUCGGGACCAUGCUACCAGGGUCACAUUUUGGAAUCCACGUGGUGUUCGCAUUGCUCAAUUCAGUACAGGGAUUUUUCAUUUUGGUGUUUGGAUCAUUAUUGGAUGAGACGGUCAGGAAAGCACUAGCGAAGUUACCACCGGGAACCUUCAGCUCAACCCAAACCAGGAGCACAAGUGGAGGACCAUCAUCCUCUGGAGGAUUUCCUUUCUUUCAGAGGUUUCGGCAAAGAAAUAUGUACAACGUUUCGGAAUCUGGAGGAUUUAUGUCUUCUUCAAGCGACAACUAUUCAGCUAUAAACUGAGCUAUUAAUCCCUCAAACAAAACACAUGAUGCAUUAUUUUAAAAUAAUAAAAUCUAACCUUUUAUCUUAAAGUGAAUUAAUCAGAAACUAUCUAAACAUGAAUCAUGUGGUUUUGGUACUGAUGCUCUAUCACUUCUUUUUGGCGGAUUAACCUCUGGGUGUGGUCGACACGGACUCUCUUCUGUGUCCGGUGUAAUAAUCUACAUACAGUAUGCUCUAUAUGUACUCUGAUCCUCAUUUAUUAAACACAUCUGAUCAUGAAUAAAAAUAUA